AUGCCGCGCCCCGAGUACGCGCCUUUUCUCACGUCGCCGCGCGGCGCGUCCGCUUCAAUGGGGCGAUCGUUCGUCGUCGCGGCUCCGCGCGCUGUCUCGGCACUAAGCUCCGCCGCCUCGGAGACGCUCAGCGCCGCGCUCAGUGUCGCGAAGCUCAAUCUGCACCGCCGCCGCCGCCAGACGCUCACCGACUUGACCGACAGCAGCAACAGUCGCAGCGGCCGCCGAUCCACGUACGUGGACUGCGACGACGACGACGAUGACGACGACGACGACGACGACGACGAGGCCGCUGACCCGUUCGAGCCACUGCAGUCGCUUCAAGCCCAAGAGCACGACCAAAAGCAAGAGCAACAGCGACAGCAACAGCUGCGACACGCGCGUCAAUCGCGGCCGCACAAGCCCGUGCGCUCGCCGUCCGCGGGUCGCGUGGCCUCGUCGCCCUCGACGCGCUCGCGGUCGGCGCGCUCGUCGUCGGCCACGUCGCCCUCGAGUCUGCGGGACGAGCCGCUCUCGUCGUCCCUCGUGAGCGACGUGGCGCCGCAGCUGCCCGAGCUCUCGCCCGACCGCGUCCACGCGCUCGUGCACUUCAUCGACCGGUCCGUGGACAACGCGUACAACCUCAGCCUCGGCUUUGGCCGCGUGCGCUGGACGCCCAGUCGCGCCAAAGACGGCGUGACGAUCCGCCGCGCCAAGGGCGGACCGGACGACACGAUGCUGGACGCGGCCGUGCGCGGCAGUUGCAACAUCAGCGCGACGUUCCGCGAGAUGAGCGACCUUUUGAUCACGGAGACGACGGCGGACUUUGCCGAGUUCGAGCACGCGGUGAACCCGACGGAGUUCCUGGACGGCCAAGUGCUGUACACGCUGGUGCCACGCACACCCGAGGAGCGCUUUGUGUGCGUCAAGUGGCACUGCACGCGGUCCAUGGCGUCGUCCGUGGCGAGACACCGGGACUACGUGUACGUGGAGCUCGUGGACUCGUUCAAAGACGAAGACGGACGUCGGAUUGGCUACCGUCUGAGCAAGAGCGUGGACCUCCCUGACGUGUUGCCCCCGCGGGACACGAAGCAUCUUUUUGUACGCGCAAAGACGCUGACGUUGCAGACGUGGAGUGAACGAGCGCCAGGAAGUUUAGAGUUUGUUACUAUGAUAAUUAAUGAUUUAGGUGACCGUCUGCCGUCUUGGCUUGUGCACAAGAUGGUGGACACGGCAGCCAUGCGCUCAGCUUCUUUUUCGCUCGUGAGGAAGAAGUACAGCUGUGCGGCGUGUGGAGACGUCAUUUGUAACCAAUGCAGUGUGCACCAGCUCGUGACGACACAUCAGCGGCUGAGCGAUCUCUCAGCGCCUGGGGGCAAACGCAAAACGCGCAUUUGUCUCAAGUGCAGCAGUACUAUGCAGAACAAAGAGUUGCCUCGACGCGCGUCGUGUGCGCGACAGAGCGAGAUGUCUCGUGUCAGCUCGGACGGCAGUGUCCACAGUUCUCUAGCAUCGAACGGCUCGUUUCUCGCGCGCUCGCACGUAUCGGCAGGAAAGACGUCUGACGAGACUCGACGCAGUUUUCUGUCCGACUCAACAGCCGGAACAAGUUCACAGGAAUCUGUUGAAGACGGCGGCCGAGGCAGUGGCAACGGGUCUGCUACAUUGCGCAAACAGGUACCGAACGUGUUCCAGUUCCGCCUGAUGUCGUCUUCACUGGGCAAGAGUGAGCGUUUGUCAAAGGCGUCUACAUCUUCUUUGUCGCCCGGUAAUGAAGAGGACCGUUUAGGUACCGAAGAGUAUCAGGCACAAAUGUUUGGUGACAGUGCUCCCGCGCCUGCAUCUGUGAAGCUUGACCUUGGUGUUGGAAGAUACAAAGAGACCUUGCCUCGACGAAAUUCCGAGCGAAAGCUUGAAGUGGAAGCAUUGAAGCAAGCAAAGCACAGCGACGUGGAAAGGAGACUUAUUGAGGAUGAUGCUGAUAAUUUUCUUGACAUGAAACGUGGUAGGAAGGGACCAGUGCGUCAAUCUGCUGCAGUGAUGACGCUAGAGAUGGACAUGCCUUCAGUACGCAAAGUGGAAGUUGCCAGCUUUUUGACCGAAGAAGAGAAUGCGAAUUUGGACACUGCAUCAAGUGAUUCAGAAUCGGCCAGGUUUCUUACGGUGGACGAGAAUUCUAAAAUUGUGGAGAGUCGAUCUCUUGGAAGAAGAUCUGAGGCUGGUUUCCCAGUUCCUGUACAGGUGGAGGAACUCAUUAUAGAAGAAGUUACUCCCGAGACGUUCUGUACCGUUCCGCGGCGAAGUAAAGAGUUUGAAGCAAUUGGGGUGGAAGAGUUGGUCAUCGAGGAAGUCGAGCCCGUUGCUGUAAGUUUUCUGCCACGACGGAUCUCAAAGACAGAAGAAUUUGCUGCUGGAAAGGUUCACCCCGAGCACGGUGGCAUUGUCCCGCGACGCGGCAUCAAGUGCGAGCAGGUCGUAGACGAGGAAGCUCAGUCCGAGAAUGCGAGAAAUGCGUCUGUGCUUUGUAUGGACGAAGCGGAAAUUGAGAUACCAAUGGUGGUUCGUAAAGUGUCGAAGAAAGUUGUUGUUGGUCCUAGCAGACGACUCAGUCGCGAAUCAAGAAGAGCACCAGCGCUGCGGCCUGUUGGUGCCCCACCUCCACCACCACCGAGGGCUGCGGGUACGCUGUCAGAUAGUAUAACAAGUGUCAGCAACGAGAACCUGCCGGCUCCAGUUCAAGGAUCGACAGCAUCAGACGAGGAGGUCAUCAAAGUCGAGGAUCUACAGAUGCAUUUGGACCGUAUGAACCAAAUCUCGGCAAGGCUGCGAGUCCUCCAUACGACGGAAGCUCCGGUCAGCACGCAAACAGCAAUGGCUGCGCUUACAACGUUUGAGAUUAAAGCGAAGGCUGAACGUGCAGCCAAGAUUGCAGCCAACUUCGUCAGUCUUUUGGACCGGCAUGCUGCACCAGCGGCUCGGCGCGCACAGCAGUAUUUGAAGCAGUGUGAGAACCACCGCACAAGUUUGUUCAAUGUGACGCUGGCUAUGGGCGACGGCAGCUUUGUGGAUUACCUCGUCGACUCGACGUUUGAAGAGAUUGGUGAGAGUCCUGACGGCACGGGCUCGGGAUGGCAGUCCGUGCUCUCUCAAACGACGGGCAAGCAGUAUUUCUAUAACCAGAAUUGUGCGCUUGCAUCCUGGACUUUGCCAGGACCUGACGUUUUUCGGGGAACGCUGUAUAUGGUGCUGUAG